AACGUGGCUUGUUUUGAGCCAAAUGUUCCUCUUUCAUUGUAACUGUCGCUACACACAAGCACACUUUUUCUGUCCCUACUCUCUCUUUUCUCAUCUGUUUCCCUUUCUCUUUCCAAACAUUUCUUGACCAAUCACAAAACCUCCAACUUGGCAAUUAGCUCGCUCACACAAAACACACACACUCACAAACACUUGCCUGUUACCUUAUUCUUUCCUUCAAACACAACCAUGCUUCCCUAUAUAUAUAACACACCUUACUCUUCAUUCUCUUAAAACAAACUCUCUCCAAUUCCCACUUUACCUCUCAAAACCAUUUUCCACUCUAUCCAACACAUACAUAUGAUUAGUACUAACAACUCUUCCUAUUCACACUCCAUUUCCUCAAAAGAUUUUUCUCCCUUCGACGCAUCAUCACCGGGUUCUGAGGUGCGGUUAGCAUCAAGUAACCCGAAGAAGCGAGCAGGGAGGAAGAUAUUUAAGGAAACUCGCCACCCGGUCUAUAGAGGUGUGAGGAAGAGGAACUUAAAUAAAUGGGUUUGUGAAAUGAGGGAGCCGAACACAAAGAAUAGGAUUUGGCUGGGAACUUUUCCAACACCGGAGAUGGCUGCCCGAGCCCACGAUGUUGCUGCAAUGGCAUUGAGGGGCCGCUAUGCCUGUCUCAAUUUCUCAGACUCGGUGUGGCGCCUUCCUAUUCCAGCAACUUCCGCAAUAAAAGAUAUUCAAAAGGCAGCUACAAAAGCGGCCGAAGCUUUUAGACCAGACAAUACUUUAAUGACUAACAAUAUUGACACUAUCGUAGAUGUCGUCGCCACAAAGGAGCUGAAUAUGUUUUGUGUGGAAGUUGAUGAACAGGAGGAAAUGUUGAAUAUGCCAGAGUUGUGGAGGAAUAUGGCGUUGAUGUCACCUACACAUAGCUUUGAGUAUCAUGAGUAUGACGAUAUUCAUGUACAAGAUUUUCAAGAUGAUGAGGACUUAAAAAAAAAGUCUGUUACCACUACCUGGACUGUGACUGCAACUGGGGUGCAUUCGCCGCAUUUCACCAUAAUGUACAGGAUCGUGAUUGUUGCCGUGACUGCGAACCCCGCUUUUAUAUUUUCUUUGUUUUCUUCCUGGCAAAGAAAGGUAGAAAAGAAGAAAGAAUAAAACUUGAAUGGUCAUAUUCUGAAUUUACUACCUAAGCAGAAGCCAGUGAUGAAUACACUCGGUAAUUUCUUCAUGUGUUUGAUCCAGAAGGGUAUGUUUAUAGCUGUCUGAAUGGUCAUUGCCCCUUUUCCAA